AUGCAAUAUGGGGACAUAAAACUUGCCCAAAUAUGUGGCAUAAUAGCCUCAGAUGAGAAGCGCCAUGAAACUGCAUAUACAAAAAUAGCUGAAAAGCUUUUUGAGCUUGAUCCAAAUGAUAUGGUAAUAGCCUUUGCAAACAUGAUGAGGAGGAAAAUCUCAAUGCCAGCCCAUUUGAUGUAUGAUGGCCAUGACCAUAAUCUUUUUGAUCACUUUGCUAUGGUUGCAUCAAGGAUUGGGGUCUACACGGCUAGGGACUAUGGAGAAAUUGUGGAACUUUUGGUGGCUAAAUGGAAGGUAGAGAAGCUUACUGGACUUACAAGUGAGGGUCAAGAAGCCCAGGACUAUGUAUGUAGGUUGGCUCAAAGGAUGAGAAGGCUUGAGGGGAGAGCUAUAGCAAAGGCCCAAAAAGCACCCAGUAUUCCUUUCAGCUGGAUUUCUGGUAGAGUGGUGUAG